AUGGUUGUUAAUUCUGUUGUAGAUUUACCUGACUACGCAAGAGCCCCCGGAUUUCACUUUAAUUUAGGUGUAUUAUUACGAGACAAGCAAAAAGAACUUUUGUUGAAUGUUUCUAACACAAAUGAACAUGAAAAUAUAAUUAAAGUACUUAAAAAUGAAAGCAUAAUAGAUUCAAAAGGAAACAAAUUAGAUGAUACACAAGCUAGAUCCCUUGUUUCUUCAUUGUGUAAAGAAAUUGCGUUGAUUGAAGCCGGAAUUGAUAACAUUGUGAGAUUAGGUGGACGUUCGAGAUCCGAUAAAAUUACCCCUUUUAAUCUCGAAGAAAUAGUUAGAAAUCGUGAAAGGCCUGUGGGAAUUGAAGCAUAUUUGUUAGCUCAGGCCUACAAAUCGCUUGAUGACAUUAAAAAAGAUGCGGAUAAGAUUCAAAAUAGAUUGAGUCAAAGAUGGUUAACUUGGAACGAAAUUUCUCCUUAUUUAUCAUUUGAAUUUGCUGAACACUAUAGCAAAUUUUCCUAUUAUCAUGAUGAUCCCGAAGUACCGAAGUUUUUGUUAGAUAACGAUAACGAUAACGAUAUGGAUAUUGAUGAUGAAUCUUCAUGGAAAACUGCUGGCAGUGCUUCAAGGAAUAAACCGGUGUUUGAACAAUCAAAUUUGAAUAGCUAUGGUAUUUUUGAUAAUAGCGAUGAAUUUUAUUACGAAUUUGAUGUUGAUGAUGAAUAUGUUGAGCCAAUUUAUGAUUCAAUGCAAAGCUUUCUUUGUGGGGAAAAACUUGAAUGUGGACACUUAUGUCCUUAUAAAUGUCACUUUGAUAACCCAGACCAUAUUAAUAUAUUUUGCAGAAAGGAAUGUAUUAAAUUACAUCCAGAAUGUUUACAUCCUUGUAGCAAGUUUUGCGGCGAAAAAUGUGGUGAUUGUUCUUUGGUCAUUGGUGAUAUAAUGUUGCCUUCUUGUGGUCAUUUGUAUCCAAGAGCUAAGUGUUAUGAAACUCGCAACGUUGAUUCAAUACUUUGUCACAUAAAAGUAUCUAAAACAUUACCUAAUUGUGGACAUAAGCUUGAAGUAAUGUGUUAUGAAUCAGUAGAUGAUAUUGUCUGUAAACAACCAUGUGGAGAAUUAACCAAAUGUGAACAUAUAAAUGCGUUGGAAGCUGCUAUAAGAAAUUUGGACAAUAACAGACCGAAUAUGUUAGAAAGAUUUAAAAGUAUUCGAUUAUAUUCGACAGAUAAUAGCAAGAAGAACAAUAUUGAGGGUCCAGAUAAAAUUGUCCCCGAAGUUACCAUUAAAGAACAAUUUUAUCAAAUUGGAAAGUACCAUUCUAUUCCAGAACAACAAACAAAGCUAUGGCAAAAUCAUAUUAAAGAUCUCUAUAAAUCAUAUAAUCAAUUGACAAUGAUUAUGGCACAUACAAAAAACCCACCUCACAAAAAGGCAUUUGAUGCAGCUUUGACACGUCUUUACAAUGAAAAAUCAAAGGUUCCAAUCGAUGUGUUCAAUUUUGAAAAUAUUAACAUCGCAGAUGACUCAGUCCGCUUUGAGCAAAGUCUUCGAGAAGUGGGUUUGAUUGCACCACAAUUAGACCGCCGUGUUUACAUUGACGCUUUCUUUGAAAUUGUUAACGCUCAAAAAAUUAUGUUUCACGAAGUAGUUCGAAUAAUUUCAGAAUUACCGAAUACAGAAGUGCCUCAUUCAGAAGAAAGACAAGGUUAUAUUUCAGUAUUAGCAACACGAAAAAAUUGGAUCGGGUUUUGUGGCAGAAUAAUUGAUUCAAUUACAAACCAUUUGGAAAAAAUUUUUCAAACAUGUGAAGAAAGUAAAUAUGGACGGCAUCUAGUGCAAGCUUCAUUAGAAUUGGUGGAAUUUGAAUACCAAGUUGGUAGAUUUAAUUUAAACAAUCGAAUGAACCCCCAAAUUUCUAUAUCCGAGCCAAUUAAAAGGGAAAUUAUAGAGAAAUGUAAUAAAAUCCGCAAAGAUUGUAAAAAAAUACAACGGGAUUAUUUGCAAAAAAUUAAUUUAGAAUAUUUUCAAGGACAAUGCGAAGCGAGGAUUGUUAAGUUAUUGAAUGAUGUAAAUGAAUUACAAGAGAAAGCAGAAAAUUAUGGACAAUUAACUCGAGAAGAAAAAGAGCAAUGCAAGCUAGCAGCAGCGGUUGGUGGAGGUAGCCAUAGUUUAACUAGUGGAAACAGACGUAAUGUCGAAUUUGACACAAUGGGUGGAACAAUUUAG